AUGAGCGUCGACAAGUUGAUUGACGAUGCCCGACCGAUUAUUCAACGAGCCGUUCAACUCGAUCGAGCACAACACCAUGAAGAUGCUGCAAACGCUUAUAUGGAAUCUGUCGACGUUCUACUUUCGGCUCUGAAAUUGAUGGACGAUACGGAUAAGAGGAAGGAGCAACUACGUAAAACCACGGCCGAGUAUAUGAGUCGAGCGGAGACGAUAUUUCCGAGAAGAACGCUGAAGGUGAUCGAAGCAAAGCAGAGACGAAUCACCGCUGGAAGUGUUGGACAUGGAUAUGAUCGGGUAUUUGGAAACUGUCUAGAUGAUAAGUUGACGAAAAUCGAGAUCUUCGAUGCUUAUGUUUCGGCUCAUCAUCAAGUGAUCAAUUUCUUGCGUUUUUGCGAGUUAGUUGUCAGCCGAGCUCCAAAUGUAAAAGUCAUUAAGUUGACGACAGGUGUUGACGCUAAAAACCAAGCGCACGCCUCACUAAUGGAAAUCGCGGCAAGUCUCAAAGAGAAAAACGUGCAGUUGAGUCUCGAAUUCAGUCAAACGAUUCACGAUCGAGAAAUCAAGUUCAACAAUGGUUGGAUCGUCAAGAUUGGACGCGGUUUGGAUUAUUUUCGACGGGUAGACAAAUUUGCGCUCGGCUCUUUCGACCAAAAUUUACGUCCAUGUCACGAAACGGUUAUUGAUAUUUUAAAGGUUGAUCCAAGAACAAUG